GACACUCACUCCGCACAGUCGCGCUGUAUAGUUGUUUCGAUUAGGACGUGUGGUUCGCUUAAGCGCACGGUAAGCAGAGACACUCGAGGGUCACCCGAACUUGUCAGGCAGUCUAAGCUGUUUGCAUUAAGCCACAGUCUAUUUUUGGCAUUUAAUUCCCAAUUCAUUUGGUAAACGCGUCGAAAUAAAGUCCACCUCUGACUGAACAUUGCAACCAGCCAAAAAUUUAACAUUCGUAGAAAGCAGUUUUAACUGCAUCUUGCAGUUUAGUCGAAGAGCUCAAGCGUGUGUGUCGGUGGUAAGGUAACUUUGCGUUAAAAAGAAAGUUUUCGCUAAAUAUAUAUACAAGCUUCAACAAACAAAAUAAAAACGUGCAAGUUUUGUUUUAUUUUGUUUCGCAUUUUCCUCUACGCGCUACAGACCAGCUCAUUCAGAGUUUUCCAAUAUGGAGGUGCCCGCGAUACCGUACGGGAAAUCUAAAUCAAACACCGAUCUUCGAUUCGAUCUCUUUGCAUUUUUGUCUAGCAAUCUUUUCCAUGGUAACUACAAAACGAACGGCGGUCAUUGCAGUCUCACGUGAAAAACUAAAAAACCGAACUAAAAAACGGUUGCCAAAAGGAAUGGAGGAAAACUAAGUGUUGUAAUCUGUAAACGUGUGUGUUAGCUAUGCAUCGUCGCGUUGGUUAAAGCCAAACGAAAGCUCGAAUAAUAGGGGCAGAAACUAAAUCUGCUUACAACAAUACAAACAUGUCCUAACAAAGUGAAGGCACAGCCACAAAGCCGCAGUCGCGGCAUAAGCAAGACACACCAUUAAGAAAAUUGUAACACAAGGCUCAAAAAAUCUAAAUUGAAAAAUUGCGACACUGCCUUCUUAGUUAUUUAGCAAUUGUAUUCAACAAAACAGAGGUUUUCUCAACGGUAACUGCCACCGUCAUUGGUGCGGUGGCUGCUGCUGCUGCUCCCCACGUCCCGCGCUGCCAACCUCUUUUUUUAUCCGAGCUUGGCUAUUGGUAUUUUAAAUUCUGUGAACUAACCCCAAAACGAAACUGAACCAACCACAUCAAGAAAAUUUACAGUUACAGUUACGACGACGCGCCAUACCUGCAAUAUGAAGUAUUCAACAAGUCGACUAAACAUUCUGUGCCUGCUGGGAUUGUGCCUACUGCUUUUUAAAACAGAACCCAUAGAGGCACAAAACAAAAGAACCUCACGCGUAACCAGCUCCCGCAGCUUCGGGACCAACGUCAAGACCGACAACUCCAAUGGCCCCAGCUUCGACUGCCCUGAGGAGUUCGGGUACUAUCCGCACCCAUCAGAUUGCACCCAAUACUACGUGUGCGUCUUUGGAGGAGCGCUGCUUGAAAGUUGCACUGGCGGGUUGAUGUACUCGCACGACCUACAGACCUGCGACUGGCCGCGAAACGUCGGCUGCGAGUUGGCGGACACAUCCUCCGAGCGCAACAUUGCACAAAGCCAGGUCCAGAGGCAAAGAGAACCCCAUGCACAGCACGUACCAAGCCGAAUACGCUUUGGAGCCGCUUUCAGCAGUCAGGGUGGCACACAGAAGACGGCCACGGUGCCGCCACAGUACCAUCGUUCUCCACCCCAGGUAAUACAGGCACAGGUGCAGAAUAUACCGCCUCCCCCACCGGAACUGCGAGUGUCACCAAACCCGGUAAUCACGUCGCGUGGUCAACCAAAACCGCUGAUCGACUCCCAGGAGGACAUUGCAAAGCUGUAUGCCGAUGCGCAGGAAUCGUUGCCGCCUGUGGAAGAAGAGGAGUCCGACCGUCAGCAGAGAGUGUAUCGAGGCCAACCCAGUACCGUUAGUCAAGUUCAACGCGAUCGCGAUGGUAUUAUUCACCAAGCUAGUAUCAAUUCUAUUCCUCAAACUGGAAAAAUCGGAUCUUACGCUUUUGGGACCGCCUAUAGCAAAAGCCUGCAGGACGACCAGACGCUCGAACUGUCCUACAACCGACUUGAUGAAAGUAGGCGACGCAAACGCCGCGACCUUAGUGCCCAGCCGACAAAAGUUACAGAAGAAAAAUAUCACAACGACACAAAUUGUUCAAGGGAAGUGUUGGAGCAUGCUAGCCCUACCGAGCUUUCUGUUUCUACUGAGACUUCAAAAACUUCACAAGAACGCUUAAACGAUGGUGCGCCGGCAAAUGGUAGGAUGCGUAAAUACUCUUCAAAAAUACGUCAGCUAAAAAGCGAGAACGCAAUGGAAUUCGACUACAAAGAAAUUCCUGGCGAAGACAGCCAGUUAAUGGAUGGAUAUGAAGACGAGGAUGAUGUGGCCACGGGUGAGUCGAAGAGACGACCACGCCAGCUGCGACCUAUUUCACAUACAUCACUGAAGUGGCCGGUACAAAACUACCGCGCCAUUGACUCACCCGCCCUCCCGCAGGUUUCUCAGCAAACGGGAUACAGCUUUGGAAGUUAUAAUCCAUACCUCACACCUCCCAAUACCAAUCCUGUCCACAAUCAACAGCCGCACGGCAACCCUAACUACAAUCAUCUACCCGGAUACCACUCAUACGUGCAUCAGCAACAUCAAUUGGCUUCUGCUGGGCCACUCUCUCAGAAAAAGCACAAAUUGCCUUAUACCGGAUACAAUCUUUCGUUGCCCCCACCGCCGCUGGAGGAUGACUUUCGUCCCAUAGCUGGUAGCUACUACGAAGCUGCCGGUGCAGCUCAAACUAGUCCUCCUUCGCCCAACAGCAAACAGCACCAUUCUAACGCUGGCGACCUGCUCCCUUUUCUGAUACAACAGUUGAAGGAGCUAAAAGAACAGCGCAAGCACCUUCAGAGUGAUAACUAUGCGUACUUCCGUCUGGACAAUCAGCCAAUGAGUCCGGUACCCACUCACGCAGUCACACCCGUACCUACAAUUAGCACCACUUACUACUCCCCAGUAGACGCGUCCAAGCUCUCACAACAGGUUACACCAAAUGGUCAAUACAGCACAAUGGGCGGAUUCUACAACAACCAAAAACCGGGUAAAGCCUCCUUUAAUCCCAACUAUCCCGGGAAGUUGGUAUCCCAGUAUAGUAUCGCCUCUAACGGACAUGAUAGCACGACGGAGAGCAACUACUUUCAGUACAACAUUGUUGCUAACCAGAAAAUGAAGGGUGUCUUUAGCACAGCUCCUCCAAACCAGAUCGGUCAUUCUGCAGUUAAAGUUCGGCCCCCAGUCACGCCGCUUCAGGUGACUCAGAGUAUUAACGUGGUAUCUGCCCCAAAUUUGACCUACAAAAUACCUAAUGGUCUGCAGCAAGCCCCAUUUGCUCUUCUUCCCGAAGGCAUUAGUUACGCCAGCAACAGCACCAUUCCAGAAUCCUACCAAACUUUCACUAAAUCUGUCAGCACAUCAGCAACAGUGCUUUCCGAUGUGCCUACUACAACGCCUAAGUCAAAACUGACAAACUUUCAGUUUAACAUCAACGAGUUCAUGGCCAAUCUUAAGGAAAGCGAUUUGUCCAGUGUCAACCCGGCUGUUAAUCCGUUGAUAAAAUAUUUCAAAGAGCUUAGUACUGACAAUAACGGAAAUAUAAAUUUACACAAUCCGCUGGUUAAUCGUCGCCCCGUAACUGGGAGUACCAGCACCUUGAACAGCACAGCUACGACCACCCAGGUAGACAUCACGCCGAACACACCAGCGUACAAAAAACGCAUAAAACCCGAUCCGACACUUCCCACGCAGAGCACUCCGACUCCCAUAAGGAUACUGAAAGGCUACGAACAUUUUAUUAAGGGCAUACAGAAUCAACUCAACUCGCGGAACUCUAGCCAAAGCACUGUCUACAACACAUCAACCACUUUAAUACGAAUGCCAACCACCACGACCAUCAAGAGUGUCGAUUAUUAUGACGAGGAUUACGAAGAGGAUGAAGACAUAUUGCCUCCGUCUCAAAUGCCCCCUUAUAUGCCAGUGUCCGAGACCAUGGCCCCUCCCCGCCGACAUUUAGCUACAGCAAGGCCCAAUACUGAAUCGCCAGGAAAAGGUCCAGCCAGUUUCCAGACGGGUUUUCUGGAGGCAACAACAACUCGACGUCCGUUUCCCACCUUCACCCAGGUGAAUCAAGCCGGUGCUGAAGCCGACGUGCCCUCAUUCAUUAGCUUUCCUAGUGACAUCUUCCAAGAACUAAAGCAGCGGCUGCCCAAGCUCCCGGAACCAAAUGCCCCACAAUCCAGUACCAAAGUAUUCACAACUCCACGCAGUGUGCGCCCAACCUCCCAUCCAAGGCCUAUCUCCUCCAGUACAGAACAGCAGUCAACUCGCGUGCGUUAUACAACUAUCCGACCACGCAUAAGAGGACAACAAAAAUGGAAGACGACGUCACCAGUCCAAGAACAAAAGGAAAUAAAUAGUCAUACCGAAAACAGUGCCGUUGUCUUAAACUCAAGCAAGCAGAGCAACCCGGGCGGCCUUCCACUAAACUCAAUACAUGCCGGCUCAAGCCCAGAAAGACACAGAGUUGAGUCGCCUUCACCGUCAUCGCUAGGGACACCGCAACCCGCUAAUAUAUUUGUACAGCCCACGCCAGCAGCCCCGCCGCAACAGUCAGAGCCCAAUCGUAACUACUACAAUGCAUCUACAUUUAAUCAUGGGGGCAGCUACCAACCACAGCAGCAACACCAACAACAACAGUUACAACCAACACCAUUCCAACAAGCGCAACCACAAGAACAACAUCAGCAGCAGGCACAAGCCCCAACACAUUCAUAUGACACAUCCUAUUAUUCGGUUUACGACGACGAUAUCGAUUUAUAUAGGGAUCUAGAGUACCAUCAGCAACAGUCACAGGAGCAGCAGAAACCACCUACGCCGCAGUAUCAGUCGGCAGUUCGCCAACAGCAGGCCCACCCAACCUACCGUCCCUUAGAGCUCCCCGCCACUCCGAAGCCCCCCCCUUACGAAAACCAGCCAGCGUACAAUACAGACUACGAUGAGGAUAUUAAUGGUCAGAUUGAACAGGAUAAUGCGUACGAUCAGCCAACACGUUCUCCUCAAAGGGCAGAACAUGUGGCCAUACAAAAACUGGAUACCCGAGCCAGCCACUCGAGCACUGUCACUCUAACAACGACAGCAUCCCCACCGGAAGUACUCACAUACUACGAAACGUUGACCACACCCUAUGCUCCGAAGCGCGGGUCUAGCGACUACGCCUAUGGGUCGGCAGAAGACAAUGACCAGAGGGAUCGUUUACUAACCGAAGUCAAGUCUAGGCCCCAUACCGGUAGCGAAGACUUUGACCUAAUUGCCAAUGUUGUGGGUCAUACCGACAAGAACACCGCGACUCCACCAACACGAUCGCAAAAAACGAAAUCGACACCGCCACAUAACGGAAGCCAGAAGCCAGGAAGGAGUUCCAACACCACAACACAUGCUGUUACGUUCACGCAGUCCUCAACAAUAACAACCACAUCCACAUUUCCUCCAACGACAACAAAAAAACUUACAAGCUCGAAAGCGCAUGCAAAUAAGCCAUAUAAACAACAUAUUCCCGAGUCAAAAACAACCACAAAAGCUUCCAGUACCUCUCACACGACCGCGACCAGCUCCACACCUUUUCCUAAUCACCUUACUUAUAAUUCAAAUCCUUUUCUCCAAUCAAAACUACAACAAGUUGCUAAGUCGUUGGCAAGAGUAGUGCAAAGCAGUCAGCCUAGGAUAAAUUUCACUGGUUACCCACAAGCUCAAAACCUUUCAAACUCGCCCCAACAGUCCACAAGUUCGGAAUCAGUUCCAGACCAAGAUUCAGCUCGAAUUACUUCCCUAAUUCCCCCGCCCACCACCACGCAAAGGCCCCUGGUAAAGGACAACUCCGGUAAUAGCAGCCCGGACAACGUUGAAAGUGCCUUUGAAAAGAGUCAUACAAUUAAUCAGACGGUUGAUCCGCCGAAGAGUCGCUCCUUUGAAACCACUACAUCGUCAAAGUUCCUAGAUUUUAUUAAUGCCGCAGCGUAUGGUACAAGCCCGAGUGGCAUUCGGCUGAAUGAAGUGCCAGAUAAUCUUGUUAACAGGGAUAUUCCUUUUCGAGAAAAUGACAACGCGUUCGAUUCCAGCUCACGGAACACAGAACCACAGCCCAAACGUUUUCAGAAAUACGUAGAUUCUGAUGUACCUCCACAAAGUUUCAAAGUUCCCACAAAGGGUGUAAUGAGAGCACCAACAGAAGAAAUGGAAAGCACAAGCACAAAUCGACCAAGUAAGCCCCUACAAUAUAGUCUUCAAAGUGGAUCAAAAGGUUUUAGCUUGCAUAUGGAGCCAAUGAUCACAAAGACGAAGAGUUUUUCCACCAGCACAACCACAACAAGCCCAACAACACUGGCUGACUUAUUUCAGAAGUUCGUCGACAUCAAACCUACAACAUACGCUCCACCACUUCUCGUUUGGCGUAGUGGAAGGCCCAUCAUUCAACAAGCACAUCAUAGACCAACAGUCGCAACUUUCAGCACAUCUACUAGUGUUACCGAAACUACAUCUCCUCCUACAACUUCUAAAAAUGUAGCUGAGUCUAGCAGCACUACCAGAGACAUUACAACAUCAAAAUCUGCGGCGCAGCCUAGCCGAGAACAGGAUUUUCUACCAAGAGCGGGUUAUUUGCCCCGUUCCAAUUAUUUUAGGGAAAGUCCAAAUCGAGUAACAGCCAACCCUGCUAUGCAUUUUGUCUCACCGUACAAGAGCCUAGAGAACUUGCUUCAUGAAGAUCGUCAGCACCACCAUCAUCAACUACGGACCACAACUAGACCCCGGUACACAAACGCUCCUGCCUUUUCGGAGUUCCUCCAGACUACGGCAAAGUCACGAAAGAAUCUUUUUAUGAUGGCGUCUGUUAGAAACUCUAGUAAAGAUGUUUUGGCCACGAUGGAGACAGGAAACGCACGCAACUUUAGUGUCAGCGACGCUAUACUAAGCACAUUCAGUCCUCACCGUCCUGCUCCAAGUAUGCUGCGAACCACUACCACGACUACAACAACUACUACCAUGAAACCACCUCCUAUAGAAAUUACGUCGACUGAAGAUUCAACAACCGUUUCUGCCAUAAUCGCUUCCUCUGCCAUCCACAUAUCACAGUCCCCAAAGCCUGCCCGUGGGCGCUCUCGAUACACGGCGGCCACUUUAAACAGUCUCGGGGACAGCGGGGACGAGCCCACGACUUAUGCACCCAAGCUUAGAUUGCUCGGAGGAUAUGAUCCCAUUCCGCUGCCUAAAACCAAGCCCCAACGAGUACAAGUGAUCGGCAAUCAGAGGUCUUUGUUAGGUGGGCCAACAGCUAAGCCACAUGAAAAGUACAGGGCAUUAGAGGACACAUUUCAAGCCAAAGAUCUCUCCAUUGGCUCCAAAAAUUUACUAAGCAAGUCGCUUAAACAUAAACCAAUCGAAAAUGAAGCCAGCGUUUCGGACGAGCCAAGAGCCGAGGCUUUAAUAAGCAAGCCUUUGGAGGACAGGCAACUAAAUGGCAUUAACGAAAAAGAAACUGCAAUAGAUUACAGCUCCACCGAACACGUGGUGGCAAUAACAGAACGUCCAACUGUCAAGUUCCUUUACUCUAACAAAUACCGACAGCAAACGGCGGAGCACACACUAGCAGAUAGUCUUCAAAACUCCGGCUACAUAACAUCGCCUAACGGAUCGUCACAGAAGUUCAGAUCCCCCAACGUCCUUGAGCAACUGAGGCAAUUUCUUUCCGGCAGUGACAGCAACAGCAAUAGCGAUGAGAGUGGGAAUUCCCAAUUCGUUAAUGAGUAUUCACUCCCCGAAUUAAGGUCCGCUAUCGGUGAAAUCAAGAAACUGUACUUACCCACCGACCGGCCAGUAACGACCACUUUAAAAUCUAGCACGACGACGUUGCAUCCUAAUACCACGCCUAUUGCCACACUAUUUCCAAUCCGAACCAAGGGACUAUCCGUUUUACCGUCUUUUAACAUCGUGACCACUAAUUCCACUUUAACAGAAAGAACUACGUCAAGCACUCCUGAUUUUAGUACCCCUAGAACCCUCAAAACCCCUCCAGUUUCUCUAACUACCGUCCCCACUAUUCCCACUGGUACAGCUACACCCUCCUCAUUUGCACCGCACACUGCGCGCGCUUCGAGGGUGAAUAAUGAUAUUAAGUCGUCGAUUGCUGCCGCUGCCCUAGGCCCUAGCACCUCAACCUAUCAGCCAUCAGUGUCAGCGGGUAAAACCCAAAAGUUCCAAAUCGGCUUCGCUACCAACAAUAAAAAUCACCAACUCCAAAAAAGCAGCAUCAACCAUAAUGGCCCCGCAUCCUCAGCCUCCGUGAAGUGCUCCGAUAGCACACUAAACGCCAAAUGCAACGAAAUCUCUUCAAGAAACAACAACAGGAACCGGGGCAGUGCCAUGUACAGUAAUCAGGAUCGAGACUUAAUAUCCACUCCCAACCGCGGAACUCAUCCUCCACGAACGCGGCCAACGCUUAAGCCAUCGGGAAUAAUUGUAUCAAAGGCUCAAGAGUUUGUGGAUAUAUACCGUUACCCACCGUCCCGCCCUGACCCAAUUUACCCACAGCCUACGCCAGAUAAAACGGCAGCCAAAUGCCGAAAGGACGUAUGCCUUUUGCCUGACUGCUAUUGCGGAGGAAAGGAUAUUCCUGGCGAGCUACCUGCUGAAAGCAUUCCUCAGAUCGUUCUCUUGACCUUUGACGAUUCCGUUAAUGACCUAAACAAGCAGUUGUACACGGAUCUUUUUGAGAAAGGUCGCGUCAAUCCAAACGGCUGUCCCAUCACAGCCACUUUUUACGUUUCCCACGAGUGGACUGACUACAGUCAAGUGCAGAAUCUUUACGCCGAUGGACAUGAAAUGGCUUCGCAUACAGUUUCUCACAGCUUUGGCGAGCAGUUCUCCCAGAAGAAGUGGACUCGUGAAAUUGCCGGACAGCGUGAGAUCCUUGCUGCGUAUGGCGGUGUCAAGAUGUCGGAUGUUCGAGGCAUGCGUGCUCCUUUCCUGUCGGUGGGCGGAAACAAAAUGUACAAAAUGCUGUACGACUCAAACUUCACUUACGACUCUUCCAUGCCUGUCUACGAGAACCGACCACCCUCCUGGCCCUACACGCUCGACUACAAGAUAUUCCACGACUGCAUGAUUCCGCCUUGCCCGACCCGUUCUUAUCCUGGGGUUUGGCAGGUACCCAUGGUCAUGUGGCAGGACCUUAACGGAGGCCGCUGUUCUAUGGGCGAUGCCUGUUCCAACCCCAGUGAUGCAGAUGGAGUGACAAAAAUGAUUAUGAAGAACUUUGAACGUCAUUACACUACAAACAGAGCACCAUUUGGCUUGUUUUACCACGCUGCAUGGUUUACCCAGCCCCAUCACAAAGAGGGCUUUAUUAAAUUUCUCGAUGCCAUCAAUGCAAUGCAAGAUGUGUGGAUUAUAACCAACUGGCAAGCACUACAAUGGGUGCGAGACCCUACACCGAUAUCACGCAUCAACUCAUUCCAACCAUUUCAGUGCGAUUAUUCGGAUCGGCCCAAACGCUGCAACAACCCAAAAGUGUGUAAUUUGUGGCACAAAUCCGGCGUCCGGUACAUGAAAACGUGUCAGCCAUGCCCCGACAUUUACCCCUGGACUGGAAAAUCUGGAAUCCGAUCUUCCCGAAUCGAUAAUGAAGUUGAAGAGCCGGCGGCGUAAGACUGGAAAUCGAUAGUCUCGCGUUGACCAUUUGCGGAUGGACCAUCAAUAGGCAAUAGGGAGACCUGACAAUCCAAGAUACUGAAAUAUAAAAGCGCUAAACAUUUGAGCUCAAAAUACGGAGUUCACUCGUUAAAAUGUUUUCUAACAAUUUCAUAAUUUUAGCAAAUUCUUUAAAAGGAGCCUAGUUAAAUUUUUGCAGCAUGUUAAUACAAAUUAUUUAUUCCCUUUUGCACACUCCAUACCAUUCUGUAUAUUCCUAUAGAUAUUUACGAUACAUUGAUUAUUCUCCAAGUUGCACACGCAAUCGCUGCACGACCCUUGUAAACGUAAAUCAAUUAGGCAUAGAACCGUAUUCUAAUAAGUACUAAUAAAAGGCGUAAUUGAUGCACCGAGUCUUUGAAAAUAAUAAAAUUACAAGUAUGAUUUGGAUGCAUCAAGUCCACAAACCAAGAGCGCAUUUAGGUAUUAGGCUAAUUUAAUUUUUUGUUUACAUGUGAUAAAGAGAUACAGCUGAAUUUAUGUAUUAUUAGAUUGGCACAAGCCUUCCCUUUCACCACUUAAA